UUCUUGAAAAGCACUGAUGUUUGUUUAUUGUUACUAAAUGAUUCACUGUAAUCCUAAAUGGGUAGCUUCAAUUUAGGUAGCUAGCUAGAUAGCGUUAGCUAACCUAGGUUAGGUAGGUUAACUUAGCUGAAGUUACACAAUUAGUAGUAGAACUUAUCCAGUCUUGUAAGAUAAAUGUUGUGCUAUUAACUUGGUUUUAAGCUGAUAUGACUAAACUAGGUACAUUGCUGGUAUCCUUAUAAUGACCAUUAUGGACGCCAUACUGUAAAACAUUGGAUGCUCCGGCCAGAAGCUACUUAGCUAGCUACACUAGCUAAGCUAGCUAACUUAGCUGGCCAAGCUAAGCUAUACAUCUGAAGUUAAAUGCAUGUAGGUUAUUGCGAUACGUUAACGCCCAAAGUAUGUCGAAAAUGUUUUCUCUGUUUAUAUUAUUCGUGUAAGUUACAGCUUUGGCUAGCUAAGACAGCUAUGGCCUGCACUUCUUUCGUCAGUCACUUGUUAGCUAGCUAAAUUAACUAGCCCCGUUUCCAUUUCUCUGCUGUCAAAAUUUUCGUAUAGUGAAUGAGAUUUUAUAAAAUACUGUGGUUCAAAAAACAGGAGGGUAUAAGCCGAGCACGUACCAGCGGGUUAAAAAUCAAGCGCAGCUCUGUAGUUAGCUACUAGUGUUACAAAGACAGCCCUGUACUCACAGGUAUUCACUUAAAGCACCAGCUUUCUCUUCUUCCUGCUUAGAUCUUAUCUAGCAGAUCUUUACUCCUUGUUUUGCAUGCCCACCGCACGACACCUGACUGAACUUCUCUGAAAAAGGAAAAAGCUCCAGGGCUAAGUGAAGGAGAUUUACUUUCCUGCAAAGUUUAGUUCCAGCCUGCGUCCAACAUGCUGCCCUUUCCCUUACCUGCGCCAAUUCUUCUGAUCCAGCCAGUCAAAAACGUUUGAAGAAAUAUAUUAGGUGUGGAAGAUUGUGGUUUGAUCUACAGUCCACAGAAAGAGUAGCAUGCUAGACGUGGGAAAGUGGCCAGUGUUUGCACUCCUGCCUCCUGAGGAACUGCGACUCAUCCGCCAGGCCUGUGUGUUUGGCAGUGCUGCUAAUGAGGCGCUUUACGUUACUGUCAACGAUGAGGUGUUUGCUCUGGGAACAAACUGCAGCGGUUGUUUGGGUCUGGGGGACAUGCAGAGCACCAUUGAGUCCAGAAGGAUUGAUGUCUUGUGUGGGAAGAAGAUUGUGUCUCUGAGCUAUGGCACAGGACCACAUGUGGUCAUUGCAACUGCAGAAGGAGAGGUCUAUGCCUGGGGCCACAAUGGCUACAGCCAGUUGGGGAAUGGCACCACAAAUCAUGGCCUGACCCCUGCUCUGGUCUCCACCAACCUCAUUAACAAGAGAGUGACUGAAGUGGCCUGUGGCUCCCAUCACACCAUCGCUCUCACCACUGAAGGAGAGGUGUAUGCCUGGGGCUACAACAACUCUGGCCAGGUGGGCUCUGGUUCCACAGCCAACCAGCCAACCCCACGCAGGGUCAGCAGCUGCCUGCAGAACAAGGUUGUGGUCAACAUCGCCUGUGGACAGCUCUGCUCCAUGGCUGUUCUGGACAACGGAGAGACCUACGGCUGGGGCUAUAACUGUAACGGGCAGCUGGGUUUGGGCAAUAAUGGCAACCAGCAAACACCCUGCCGUAUCGCAGCUCUGCAAGGAGUCAACAUUGUGCAGGUGGCCUGCGGCUAUGCACAUACACUGGCACUAACAGAUGAGGGAUUUGUUUACGCCUGGGGUGCCAACUCUUAUGGGCAAUUGGGCACUGGAAACAAGAGCAACCAGGCAUUACCCACACUCAUCAACAUGGACAAGGAGAGGAUGGUAGAAGUGGCAGCAUGUCACACCAGCCACACGUCAGCUGCCAAGACGCAGAGCGGCCAGGUGCUGAUGUGGGGUCAGUGUCGUGGCCAGGCUGUUCCUUACCCACACAUAACACACUUUUCCAGCACUGACGAUGUGUUUGCCUGCUUCGCCACCCCUGCUGUCACCUGGCGUCUUCUCACUGUGGAUGGAGAUGACUAUCUGACUGUGGCCCAGUCCCUCAAAAGAGAGUUUGACAGCCCAGAAAUAUCAGACCUGAAGUUCCUUGUUGAUGGAAAAUGCAUCCAUGUUCACAAAGCCCUGCUUAAAAUCAGGUGUGAGCAUUUCCGAGCGCUGUUGAACGAGACAGAUGAGGAGGCCAUAGAGAUCCAUCAGUUCUCCUACUUGGUGUAUCGCGCCUUCCUUGAGUACCUUUAUACAGACACCAUCAACUUGCCACCUGAAGAUGCCAUUGGUCUUUUGGAUCUUGCAACAUACUACAGAGAGACCCGCCUGAAGAGGUUGUGCCAGGAGACAAUCAAAAGGGGAAUUUCGGAAGAGAAUGCAAUCACACUGUUGUCUGCUGCUGUCAAAUAUGAGGCACGGGACUUGGAAGAUUUUUGCUUCAAGUUCUGUGUCAACCACCUUACUGCUGUCACUCAGACCCAGGCCUUCGCUGACAUGGACCAUGAUCUGCUUAAGAACUUCAUUAGCAAAGCCAGUCGCUAUGGGGCCUUCAAAAACUAAGAAAGUGUGGGACCAGAUCAUAGAGGAGGCUGGAGCACAGCACUGUACUGGCUUUUCCAGAAGUAGACAGAUGUAUUUUGGGGUAUGUUUA